AUGCGCUCCCUCUUGAAGUCCUCUCCUCUCCUCCUAGGCCUCUUGCGAUUCGUGUCGGCUCAGAACAUUGUUCCCACGUCGCCCUCCGACCAAUUCCCUAGCUGCGCUGUCAAUUGUGCGGUGCUACUGCAGGCGCAGACGGCUUGUGUGCCCCCAGCCCAGCCAGCCACAAAUCAGAUCACAUACGAGAAUUGCUUCUGUCAGAGCAGCUUCCUGCAAGCAUUGUACAGCACUCCUGACGCCAUCUGCACCGCCGAAUGCACGAGCGAGUCUGACAGAGCACUGCUGCAAACAUGGUUCACGGGCUUCUGUCAAAAGGUUGGUAGCGGUAUCGACCCAUUAGAGACCACGACCUCCACUUUCCAACCAAGCUCGACAACAGUGGUGACCAUCACAAGUUACUCUACACCUCCUCCGACAGCUACAAACACAGGGACGGGCAGCGCGUCGGCGCCUGCUCCUCCUUCACACCAGUCAUGGAUCGAUGGUCAUUGGCGUUGGAUCCUCAUGCUCGGAAUUCUCGUCGUGGGGUUUGCGUUUCUUAUCUGGCUCGCCAUCUGGUUCAAGCGGCGACAACAGAGGAAGAUCGAAGAGAGGAGAGCGGUGACUUCGGGGUUCCCAAGGGACGAUGAGCACAGAGGAGGAGCUCGUGCAGCAACUCCGGAUAUUUGGGGUCCGCAUCAGCAUAUGCACUAUACAAAAGGUUGGGAAUACCACAAUGAUCCGGCCAUAAUGGGAGGUGGCGGCCUCGCAGCUUCCUCCAACAAGCACGACAGAAGAUCAAAGAGGAUAUCUUCUCAACGAAAACACCGGGAUCUCCCUGAGAUGACAGAGACUAGUGGCGGCAGACCACCCACAUCACGGCAGCACUCGUCUUCUAAAGGCAAACAUAGGGCGACAGACGAAAUCCGGCCAGUAGAGCCCGAAACCAGCCACGCAGAUAGAAGCCGGAGCAGGAGCGCAAAGGGAAGAGACCUGGACAGUGAUCCAGAGAGAAACCAAGUCGAUUCAGAACACCAAAGACGCCUCCGCGAGGUUAGAGGAAUACGACGAAAGAAGAAUGCCGACUAG